AUGAAUGUAUUUUUGACAGUAGAGUUAAUUUCUGAUGAAAAACAUGAUGAGCAAUUAUUAGGUCAAAAUAAUCGCUUUGAUAUACAUCAGAUCAACAGCUCAAUUCAAAUACCGGGUCUUCGCAAUGUUUUUGUGCAUCCAUUCAAUGCCACUCACAGUUUCGAGCAAAUAUCACCUGUUGAUAGCAAGAAGCGUCAAUGUGCUAUUUGCUUAAAACAGUUCAAAUAUCCAUGUCCUUGA